UGCUAUGGUACUGUUGGUGCAUUGAGCGUAGUAAAGGAUGUAGCGGGACAAAGUAUAAAAGAGGCUGUUGUACAUGGUGCUAAAAGAAUUGCGUUGACCAAUGAAACUGGAAAAGGUCUAGUUGCAAGGGAUUUGGCGAAAGAAAUGGCUGAUGAAGCAAUUGAACCGAAGUGUUAUUACUGUCAACUUCUGAGCUUGGAGCAGGGGCAUUCUAGCAUUGACCCUAUAUGUGAUCUUGAGUACCCCUCCCUUUGCUUCUGUAGAGACUUAGUGACAGAGAAUGUAAAUAUUUUCUUAUCGGAAUGUAAGCACGUGAGACGCCGUGGUGUUAAUUGCGUCUUUUGUUGUAGGGCGUCUUUAAGGUUUGACGUUUGUGAUGUAUUCAUCUCAGCUUUAUAUUAAAAAUUUUCCUUGCAUAUAAUUUAGCCCGUUUUACCUCUAACCCCCAGGGGUUGGUGCACCUGCAUUUGGAUGAAGGAUACAAUGCAUUUUUCCCACUGGGUUUUUUGGGGGGUUUUCGUAUCACGCGGCGGCAGACAAAAUGCUUUUAGCCCGGUAAGUGAUUCAGUUGUAACUAGUUGUUUACUGUUUUCUGUACCUUUGUACGCUUGGGCUUUAAACACUCGGGCUCCUAGUUCGAGCUGCACACCCACUCUAGUUUAUGAGUAAAGUAAAAUAGAAACACAUUUACCAGGGUGAGAAAAAUUAGUCAUGAAAAACGUCUCAAUGAUCUCAAUCUUGACUGUAGCUGAAAAACGAAAGAACAAUUAUGAUGGUUGAGUAUUAGUCAACCAGUUGUUUCUGUAACUAUCAAGCUUACGGUUGUUUAGUGUUCUGCUUACUGUCGAUCAAUUUGUUGGGCACUUUCAAAUGCGCUCGCUUACGAUGCAAAACUUGUCCUUUCAUUCAUAACGUAGAGGAAAUUUCGGGACCCAAGAGAUCCAUUAAGAUCACUGAUCACUUCACGCGCAUCUCCGCCAAUGUCAUGCAUCUACUGCACAACUUGCACUUAUUGAAAAAAGUUAUACAUUGGUGAAACAGGAGGACGACUGGCGACCGAUUCCGAGAACACUUUCUAGAAAGAAAUGACAAGGAUGUAUCCAAACCAGUGGCUAGACACUUUAAUUUCCCUAAUCAUGCUAAGUAGCAUAUGGCUGUUUGCAGCCUUUCCUUACAUCUAGGCAGCUCGGAAAGCCGCAAAACUCCAGAACAAAAAUUUAUCUUUCAAAUUGGCACUCUUAGUCCCCACUGUAUCAACGAGCGCUUUUCAUUCUUUUGUUUUCUCGUCACCAUAUUCCCACCAAUAGCGUAGCUCCAUUUUCUGCAAAUAAACCCACACACAACCCACGAUUCCUCCAAUCGUUCUAACGAAUGGCUAACGCUCGCAACGUCAGCUUUUUUUAACUCUUUACGGUGGUCAAUUUACGUUAUCAACUCAGUCGAUAAUACUAAAUUACCCUGUUAUAAUUAUCAGCUUUGAUUCGUAUAAAGGUAAGGAUUCUUUUAAGGUUGUUCUAAUGACAUUGCUGGUUUGGUGAUUGCCACUCGUUCUAGAAAACUGCGAAAAACAAGUUCGUGGUGAGUGCGUAAAGAUUUGGUAAAGAAUCGAAGUACAACACGUGCUAAACAUUUUCAGCCAACAUGCCAAAUUCCCUUGUUUAGCAGUUUUUUAAAAGUGAUCGCCAAUUCCCUUUAAUUUUUUUGGAAAGCUUGAUAAUGUCGAGCUUCCCUUCCACAGGUUUCAAUAUGGUUCUCCAAGAAACCUGAGACACAGAACUAUGUAUUUCCUCAAGUCGCGUUUCGUAUCCCUAAUUUUCGGUAACUUCCACUGAUAUAUCGAGAAAGGGGUAAUAAGUUAACUUACAGAUGUUUCUUUUCGAGAGAGAGAAAUAGAGUGAGAGACGGAGAGAGAUACCAAAAGACAGAGGAAGAAACAGAGAUCAGCGUUGAGCACGACAGCAUUUCCGAGAAUUUUGAGUUAUCUAUGUAUCGCAUGACAUGAAAUGUCUCUUAUGAUCACAGUUUUCAUUAUGAUGUUCCUUUAAGUUGGAGGGGCAUCAUAAUUUAUUGAGUACAACUUGGGAAUUCCUCUUAAAUCCUCAAUCUUUAUUUGACAAAAUAUAUGUAUAAUUCAAAAUGCGGACUUGGCUGGUGUAUCAUUCAUCCCAACAGGUCCCAAAAAACUCGUAGCAAGAAAAAACUUUUAACAGGAAAUGCCGAGUUAAAGUUCGUAAAUAAAUAUGCAGUGACAGCUGCUAGAAAAAAUUAAUUGCAUAGAAAAAGACCUUGGUCUCGAAAAUCAUUGUAAAUAUAGUAUAGUAAGGCUUUCUUUUGGGUGUCAAUUGUAAAUAAACGAUGUUACCAGUGAAAGGCCGAUAUAUAUUUUUAUCCCGUUUAGUCACUUAACUGUCACUAUUUCAGAGUAUUCAUGACUCUUUACCUUAUGUAUUUUUCGCAGCAACCUUCCAUAAAAAUGUCGAUCGAAUCGUGGACUGCCUAUACAAUAGAUUUUAUUUGCUGGAUUGCUGUGAGAGCAGUUUCAGGAUAUAUGCUGUCUGGAUCACGAACUGUACUAAAUUUCGCUGCAGCGAUGAAGCAUUUCUAUGAUGGUGAUAAUGUUAAAGGAGUAAUAAACUUUCUGUAUGGAGUUGUGUGCCUUGUUACUGUUGAUGUUGAUGCAUUGACCGCUGCAGAGGAUCUAGUGGGACAAGGUGUAAAAGAGGCUGUUGUUUAUGUUGCUAAAAUAAUUUUUGCGCCGACGGCUGAAAGGAGAACGACCAAUGAAGUUGGAAACGAUCUAGUUGCAAGGAAUUUGGCAGUUGAAGAGGUGCUUUCCGGAGAUAUGACCACGUUUACCAGAGUAAGGAAAGUCGCGGUUUUAGUGACUUCUGAAGGCGUAGGUGUGUUCAUUGCCGAAAGCUUCUCAAUAACCCAUCGAUCUCGACGGUAG